CACAACACAGUUUCGAGAACGUAUCACUGUUUGAUACAAAACAGAAGAAGAAACAUUUCUACAGGCUUUUGACAAUGAAGUUCAGCUAAACAGUGACUGUCAACGACUGAAAAAUGAAAUUGUACUGUCUGUCUGGGCAUCCGACGUUGCCUUGCAAUGUCCUCAAGUUUAAGUCGACUACCAUCAUGCUGGAUUGUGGGCUGGACACAACGUCGGUCCUUCAGUUUUUGCCGCUCCCACUGGUUCACAGCCAACGGCUCUCCAAACUGCCAGGCUGGGUGUCCAAAGAUGGCGCAAUAAACCUUGAGAAGGAGCUAAAGGAAUGCGCAGGGAGAGUUUUUGUUGAUUCACAGCCAGAGUUCUGUCUUCCUGAGAAAGAGCUGCUGGACCUGUCCACCGUAGACGUGAUCCUGAUCUCUAACUACCACUGUAUGAUGGCCCUGCCGUACAUCACUGAACACACAGGCUUCACAGGAACAGUCUACGCCACUGAGCCGACCCUACAGAUUGGCAGGUUGCUGAUGGAGGAGCUGGUCAACUUCAUGGAGCGUGUGCCCAAAGCUCAGGCUGCCACCUGCUGGAAGAACAAGGAAAUACAAAGACUGCUCCCCGGGCCCCUGAAGGAUGUGCAGGACGUGUAUGCGUGGAAGCGCUGCUACAGCAUCCAGGAGGUCAACUCGGCCCUCAGCAAGGUGCAGCUGGUGGGCUACUCGCAGAAAGUGGAACUCUUUGGGGCAGUGCAGGUCACCCCUCUAAGUUCUGGCUACUCAUUGGGCAGCUCCAACUGGACCAUCCAAUCGCAUUAUGAGAAAGUGUCAUACGUGUCUGGGUCCUCUCUCCUCACCACACAUCCACAGCCGAUGGACCAGAGCUCCCUGAAGAACAGUGACGUGCUCAUCCUGUCGGGCCUCACCCAGAUCCCCACCGCCAACCCAGACGGCAUGCUGGGAGAGUUCUGCAGCAACCUGGCCAUGACUAUCCGUGCGGGCGGGAACGUGCUGGUGCCGUGCCACUCCUCGGGGGUGAUCUAUGACCUGCUGGAGUGCCUGUACCAGUUCAUGGACUCGGCCAACCUGGGCACGGCGCCCUUCUACUUCAUCUCGCCCGUGGCCAACAGCUCGCUGGAGUUCUCCCAGAUCUUCGCCGAAUGGCUCUGUCAGAAUAAGCAGUCGAAAGUCUACCUCCCUGAGCCCCCCUUCCCCCAUGCAGAGCUGGUCCAGACCAAUAAGCUGAAGCACUACCCCAGUAUCCAUGGCGACUUCAGCAGCGAGUUCCGGCAGCCGUGCGUGGUGUUCACCGGUCACCCGUCGCUGCGCUUCGGCGACGUGGUCCACUUCAUGGAGCUGUGGGGCAAGUCCAGCCUCAACACCAUCAUCUUCACCGAGCCGGACUUCUCCUAUUUGGAUGCGCUGGCCCCCUACCAGCCGCUGGCCAUGAAGUGUGUGUACUGCCCCAUCGACACGCGCCUCAACUUCCACCAGGUGUCCAAGCUGCUCAAGGAGGUGCAGCCUCUGCACGUGGUGUGUCCAGAGCAGUACACUCAGCCUCCCCCCAGCCAGUCCCACCGCUCGGACCUGAUGCUGGAGCUGCAGCCGCCGCCCAUGGCCUACCGCCGCUGCUCCGUCCUGGGCCUGCCCUUCAGGAGGAGAUACGAGCGCAUCCACAUCCUGCCCGAGCUCGCCAAGUCCCUGGUGCCCAGCGAGAUUAAGCCGGGCAUCUCCGUGGCAACUGUAUCGGCAGUUCUGCAUUCCAAGGACAACAAGCACAUCCUUCAGCCCGUACCGAAGCCGGUCCCGGUGCCCCCCACUAAGAAGCGUAAGCGUGUCCAGGAGGAGCCCCCCGAGCGCCUGGCCCCCAAGCCCCUCCUGAACGGAGCCGUGCCCCUCGACCCCUUCCUGGCCACCCUGCACAAGCACGGCAUCGUGGAGGUGAAGGUGGAGGAGACGCCGGACGGCCACAUCCUGCACCUGCAGGCCGAGGACACGCUCAUCCAGCUGGAGGAGGACGGCACGCACAUCGUGUGCGACAACAACGAGCCGCUGCGCACCACCCUGCGAGACCUGGUGCUGCGCUUCCUGCAGAAGUUCUAGAACGAGUUCUAGAGAGAGUUCUAGAGCGAGUUCUAGAGCGCAGACGGUCCACACAGGACAUGAAGUGAUGUUUUCGGAUCAUGUGUUGUGUUCUACUGACCAGGCCAGGACCAAGGGUACAGGAUACCCAUGUCUGUGUGUCAACUGUACUAGUUUCUAUGUCAUAUUUCUGUAUCAUACCAUGUAGGCUAGAUUUUUUUUUUUAAUGGUCUUUGCCAGGAUCUUGUGUAUAUGUUUUCCCCUUUUUAUAGAGCAAAAAAAAUAAUAAUCUCCUUGUAAUAAAACACUGUUUGGUC